UGGCUCCAGUUGCUUAGGGUCUCUUUUCGGGCCACCUUUGGACGUUUUUUGCGGUGGCCGCGGCGCAGAGAUCCGAUGAUACCCAACGGCUUGACCUGCAAGAACACCUUCUUCGACAUCCCGGAGGAUGACGCCGAUCUGCCGGAGGGUCCUGCGACCUGUCCCCCGGCCAGCGAUGGAUGGUGGCCCUCCUCCAGCUCACGACCCAGCUCUGAUGGACCCAGUUGGCCCUCAAGCCCCGCCCUCUUUGAUCUUCCGACCCUCAACGAGACAGAUUCGACGGUGUUGCCUUCACCUCCAGUGCUAAAUACGCCAGACCCGUGGAUGGAUAGCUUCGUGCAUCGCCCUGAGCCAUUUGGGCCAUUUGGGGAGCUGCGCGCCACCCUGGCAGCCACACCUUCACCGGCGUUGCAGACGCCGGAUUGGUUCGAGCGCGUAAGUUCCAUGAAGCCCCAGCAAGCCCAGCCCUUCGAUGUGCUGGGGAAGGCCACUACUGCCUCCCCCAGCGAUGGGCGUAGUUCCAGUGCCAAAUCUCCUGGGGAAACCAGCACUAUCGCCCAGCGCACGCCUGAUCCUUUCGAGGAUGCCCCCAGCCCCUACGGUCGUUCGCCCACCUCGCGCUUCGACCAGCUGCUGGCGGCGGAGGUGGGAAAGUCCGACGCUUCGGAGCGGUCACCGGUGCAGGGCUCGGAGGUUUCGGGCGACUCCUUUGGGCUUCAAUCCUCCUGGAACCGACCUCUGAUGAAACCCCCAGUGCUUCUGGCCACCGCGCCGGGUGCCGCGACCCCGAAAGCCGGAGCCCCUGGAGCCCUUGGCGUGCCUGGCGCGCCUGGGGCGGUUGGGCCCACUGUGAUGCCACCCAUGGCGCCGCUGGGGUCACUGCCAGGGUCGCUGCUGCCGAUGGCACCCUUGGGGCUACCGAUGGUGCCACCCAUGGGCUUGGUGCCGCCCUAUCCGCUGGUGCCAGAUGGAGGCUUUGGUUUGUGGCCGCAUGGACAGAGUUGCAUGGAUGUCAUGCAUCAGAAGGAGCCGCUGCCUCGCAAGAAGGGCGCUGGUGGCGCUGGUGGCGCUGGUGGCGCUGGCGCCACGCCGAGCAAUCAGAAGGUGCCCCUACCAGCUGGUUUGCUGCUACCUGGCGAGGUCAGCAAACCACCCGCUGUGGAUGGGGAGGAGUCUCCCUGCAAAGCACGGCGUAAGCGCGGGGGACGGGAAUCGAAGGAUCCGAACAUCAGUGGAGAUGACCCUCAUGGUUUGCUUCCUUCAGGGGCCUUCAUCGACUUGGGCUUGCUGGAGCGACGCAAGAAACCCUGAUGAUUGCCACGUGGUGGCAGGGUUGGUUUUAGAAAACAACAUGCGAUUUUACCAUCAGAAAAUUG